AACAAACCAACGACAGACAACAGACAAAUACAAGCGAAGCAAAAUAAAAAUCGGCUUCGUUUUUUUACGAUGAAAAGUGAUAAUAACUCAGAUUUUAACUAAUUAUGCAUGUUAUAUGCAAUUAACUACAUACAAAUCAUACUUUUUAAUUUUUGGUAUCCCAAAAAAUGGCAGACGAAGAAGCGCCAUCAGACAGUAGUCUUUUGGUCAUAGUAGUAGACACAAAUCCGAACCAGCGUUACAUAACAGAGGACCCCAAAGUCCUGACAAACUGCCUCGAUGCCGUCAUAGCGUUUGCCAAUUCACAUUUGAUGCAGAAAUCUGCCAACCAAUUAGCAGUUAUUGGGUGUCAUUUUCAUAAGAGCGAAUACUUAUACCCCUCUCCUGGAAAACCUCUAGAUGUGAGGCAAAUAGAUGGACAGUAUGAAUUGUUCACGUUGGUGGAGAAAACUAUUAAAGCAAGGUUAGUGAACCUAGUCAAAAGUCAGCCGCUUGAAGAAAAGCCAGGGGAAUCACUUCUUGCUGGGGCUCUCGCGAUGGCAUUAUGUUACAUAGCUAGGAUGCGUCGUCAAGCAGCGCCAGGCCUGCGCAUGAGCAGUCGCAUACUCAUAGUGACUGGUAGUUCCGACACCGCAGCGCAGUACAUCAACUACAUGAAUGUGUUCUUCACUGCUCAGAAGCAACAAGUGCUCAUCGACGUGUGCUCGUUGGACAAGCACCUCAGUUUGCUGCAACAGGGCUGCGACAUCACGGGCGGGUUGUACCUCAAGAUACCAACGUUAGAAGGCCUAUUACAGUAUCUUUUGUGGGUGUUUCUGCCCGACUGCUCGGAGCGCACGAAGCUGGUGCUGCCCGGGCGCGGCCGCGUGGACUACCGCGCCGCCUGCUUCUGCCACCGCGACCUGCUCACCGUCGGAUACGUGUGCUCCGUGUGUCUUAGCGUGUUCUGCAAGUUCAGUCCAAUAUGCACCACUUGUCACACCGUGUUCAAGAUCGGUGGCCCAUUGCCCAUGAUGAAGGCGAAGAAGAGGAAGAAGGUGUGAAGAGACUGAUGCGUUUAUGUAAAUAUGAUUUAAUAUACAUUUUUAAGUACUUA